GACGGAUCGGUUUAACGCUUGUAGAUAGUUCGCAUCCCUGCAUUUUUCUCGCUUCAGCUGAAGAACUCAUCCAGACAGUGAGAUCCUCAAUGUCUGCUCUCCAUACUAUCCUCUGAUUCCACAGAGCCUGCCAGAACCGUCUACACUCGCCAUCGCAGAAGCCCACACAGCCUUAAGAGGCUUGACGCGAACCAUUUCAUGUGACUUUCUUAAUCGAUCUCUCCUGCGGCUUGCUUUUCCGGUUGUCCUCGAGGAGGCAAAUCGGCGGGAGACCGCGUCUUUUAUACCCUUUUCUUUUGUCUUAUUCUCUUGUCUACAUCAAUAUAGUAUAGUUAUAUUCAUAAUUUCCCUAUGCCGACCGACUCGGAUACAGAAGACAACUCCUCAACUUUCACGAGGACCACCGCGCCCACCGAAUGGAUGACCGAUUCUCAAGAAGAGGACAACUUUUGGGCCGACGACGAUGACAAUUUUUCGAUUGGAUCGUUUGGAGAAGGAUCAACCCAGUCCAUAACAUCAAGUAUCUUGAGCUAUCACUUCGAGAAUGGCAGAAGAUACCAUGCCUAUCACGAGGGCAAAUACAUAAUGCCAAACGAUGAACAAGAGCAAGAGAAAUUACUAUUGGUACACCUUGCAUACAUGCUUGCAUUUGAUGGAAGACUUCACCUUGCGCCAAUUGCAACCAACCCCCAGCAUGUUUUGGACGUUGGGACCGGUCGAGGGGAGUGGGCUAUCGACUUUGCUGAAAAGUAUCCCUCGGCAAGGGUCAUUGGUACGGACCUAAGUCCAAUCCAACCACCAUGGGUUCCUCCGAAUCUUUGUUUCGAGAUUGACGAUGCCGAAGACGAAUGGCUCUACACCCAGAAGUUCGAUUAUAUCCAUACCCGGACAUUUUGCGGCGCCAUUAGCGACUGGCCUCGAUUCCACGGCCAAGCGUUUCGCCACCUUCGGCCCGGCGGUUGGCUCGAAAUGCAGGAAAACGAUGCGUGGUUUCAACGUGAGGACGGCACCUGCCCGCCGUGGACCAAAAUAUUCCUGGAGAAUCUUGACGAGGCCAGUAUACGGAGUGGAAGGAGGCUUAAUGUGGCAGCGGAACAGAAACAACACAUGAUUGAUGCCGGAUUUGUGGAUGUACAAGACCAAGUGUUCAAGCUUCCCCUCAGCCCUUGGCCUGAUAACCCGAAAAUGAAAGAAAUUGGGCGCGUCCGUGGUCUAGCUAUGAGCAUGGGUGUCGAGGGCUACAGCCUGGCCCUCUACACGCGCUUCCUUGGCUGGUCCUCCGAGGAGCUUCAAGUCCUUCUUGCCAAAGUACGCAACGAGUUUAACGACCAGAAAAAUCGCAUGUACAUUGCAGUGCACGUUGUGUUUGGACGUAAACCGUUUGAACAUGAGCAUUCCUCAACUGGGCAAAGGGUAUAGAUAUUCCAGCAAGGUGAUUGAAUCAGGACAUAUAUGCCAAAGCGUACACCAUCUAUACAUACAGCUCCUUUUUUUUUUUUUUUUUUUUUUUUACUGCUUUCAGGGUAUGAUUGUAGGAGUUGAGUUGGGUCCUCUUUUGAGAAUUGGAUAUUAGCGAAUUAGCAUCUUAUAUGCCACCACAUAGGAUUUUGAUACUUGUCGGAGACUUAGCAUGCCAUCCAUGCUACUAAGCCGCUGCGCUAAAAAGGCAAAAAGGCAACAAAGUAGUAACCGCUAGGCUAUUAUGAGGCUGGCACCACCUAUAUAGACUACCAUGUUAGUUAGGCCUCACACUUCUGGGUUCCAGCUGGCUAGGGAUGGAUGCUUGACUUCUCUGGGCUAAGUGGUUAAUGACUUCAAGGCGGUUUACUGUGCGAGAGCAGAAGCUAGAAAAUUCUUGAAAAGUACCAUCUUUAUUAAUC